AUGAAUAUGUUGGAUGAUGAAGAUGACCAAAGCUUUCACGCUACGCGUGACGGCUACUCCCAUUUGAGCGAUGUCGAAUGGGAUGCGGUUGAACGAAUGGGUUCGACCAUGGGCAUCCAUGCUGUUAGCGUCAUGCUAGAGGCUCUCAAUAGAGAUGCCCAACAUGCUACUAUCGCCAAGUUCAUUCGAAAUGAACUUGACGCAGAACGCGAGAAAGUAGCCUUGCUUCACCAACAAGGUUCUCAACAAGCAGAGUUGUUGAGAGAACAAGGUGCUCAACAGUUUGAACUGUUGAGACAGCAGCAGGCUGCUGCUGGCGGGUCGAUGCACUCGCGUCGGCCCGAGACUUUGAAGAUUGACAUCUCAAAGGCGCGUCGCAUCGACGACGGGGAUAUGCAAGUUGCAUUUGCCCAGUCAAAUCUGGCAGGACGUGCCAAGACUUGGGCACUGGGGCUCAAGCUGCACGACCCAUAUGCGUUUGGGUCGUUGGAAGUCUUCAAGUCGCGGCUCAGACAAACGUUUGAACCGCCUAGAGCUGAGUUCAGAGCUCGAACUGAACUCUUGAAGCUCAAGCAGGGUAAGCGUGAUGUGCACGCUUACGCUCAACAUAUACGACAUCUCACGAGUUGUAUAAGUUCCAAUCCGGUGGAUGAACACACGUUGGUUUCGGUGUUCAUGCAGGGUCUUGCGGAUGGUCCCGUCAAGACUCACCUGUUCCGGCUUGAACUAGAUUCACUAGAACAAGCCAUUUCAAUUGCGGAGCAGGAAGACUUCAGUCUGAGACAGGCUCGCGCCAGCUCGACAUCAUAUCGUCAACCGAGACGAUAUGACAACGGAGGUCCAGAGCCGAUGGAACUCUGUUAUGUAGAGAGCGAGAAGGCUCGCUCUACAGGCUACAAGAAGUUGCAGAGAUGCAACAGAUGUCAAAAGACAGGACACUACGCUUACGAGUGUAGUGCCCCUCGUCCAGUGUCUCGCGACACUGGGCGUAGUGACCGUCCACCCAUGAGAAAGGGGCAGGGACGAGGGUCCGCAGUUGGUGCAAAGACGCAACAACGGGAUGGACCGUCAAAAAACGGACAGGAUCAGUAG